AUGGAAUGCCAGAAUUGUGAGCUUAGACAGCGCCAAUUUUUCUGCGCCAACUGUCUUCGAGCUCAUCAACGAGAUCUCCAUUUGAAGACUCAGCAUUUCGCUGCUGAGCGUGAUGAACAAUUCGUCAAAGCGACUAAAUCUUUGCAAUGGAUCGAACCGAAUCGAACUCGUAGAGCUGAGAUAUCCGACUUACAAAACCGGGUCGACGAAGCGAUGGGUGCUCUAUCAAAGUUGAGGAAGGAUAACGACAAGAAACGAGCCCGUCUCCAGACGCUUCGAGAAAACCUAGCCACCCGAAGACGAACAUUGUCAGCUGCGACGUUGAUGAUAACCCCAAAUUCAUCGGUACAAGCCCUAGUCAACCGAGAAAGCCAGGAAUUGUCGUCGCUAUCAGCGAACAUCGCUCGUGCUAGGUCUGGGCUGGUACAAGAACUAGUAGAGGUCUUCAAUGUUGUCGAAGUUGGUGGAAGACCGCCAGUCGGUGGAAAAGCCGGAACGAAGGGGGAAUGGACGAUUGCAGAUUUGAUAUUACCUGUUCCUGGGGAUAUACGAAGAUACCCACCAGAUCAUAUCAACGCCGUAAUAACACAUACCAUCCACUUCCUUUCGCUACUCACGUUCUAUCUCGGCAUCAAACUUCCAUUCGAGAUAACGUGGAGCGGUGGUAAAGUUGGAGUUGGGGUACCUUACAUCCGUGCUGGGCCAGGUGGUGAAAGCGGGGGUUGGACAAAAUGGCACGUAAAACAACCUCUUCAUCUUUCUGCAAAACCUCAAGCAUCUCCCAUCUCCUUAUCCGCUUCCUCUUCGCCCAACGCGAGAUUGAUCUCAGAUUCGUACACCCUCCCGGACCCGGAGCCCCAACAAACAUUCACGACAGCAUUUGCGAUGUUGCUUUACAACGUCUGCUAUCUCUCCUACACCCAGAGCGUGGAUAUACCUCUAGCUCAAGCUGGGGAUGUGCUGAGUAACUUGUGGAGUGUCUGUUGCAGUGCUGAGCUGGGGAGACACUCACACGAGACUCAACCGUAUCUUCCAGCACCCACACCGCCAAGUUUCCAGUUGGAUUUCGCGCAACUGAUGCAGGCGAUGUCGACUUCGCGGGUGAAGGCUCCCAGAAAGCGUGCGGGUUUCGGUGGAAAUGGGAGGGAAGUACGACCCAGGGGUGUCCCAGAGGUUGAUGAGGAUGGUUGGGAUAUAGUUGAAGAUGAAGGAUUCUAG